CUCUCGAUUGGAUCAACACUCGAGCACGCAGAAGACACUCCUGGCAGAGUGCGCGAAGCAGACAUGGCCGCCAAUAAUAAGCUCGCUGUACUCACCGUACUCGCGCUGCUCGGCUCCGUGUCGUGCCAAGCGGGCUACGGCGGCUACGGCUAUGGCGGCGGCAAUCCCACACCCCCGACGACACCCACUUAUCCUCCGGCACCCAACCCACCCACCACCUAUCCUGCCGCUGGCCUGAGGGUCGGAUACUACGACGACAAGUGCCCCGGAGCGGAAGGCAUCGUCAGGGAGGCCGUGCGCGGCGCCGACGCCGGCAUCAAAGCUGGCCUCGUCCGCCUCUUCUUCCACGACUGCUUCGUCCGGGGCUGCGACGCCUCCGUUCUGCUCCAGCGGACGGACGCCAACCCGCAGCCGGAGAUGCUGGGCAUCCCGAACCUGAGCCUGCGCGGCUUCGAGGUCAUCGACGCGGCCAAGGCGACGCUCGAGGCGACGUGCCCGGGCGUCGUGUCCUGCGCCGACAUCGUCGCCUUCGCCGGCCGCGACGCCAGCUACUUCCUCAGCGGCUACGCCAUCAACUUCACCAUGCCCGCGGGCCGCUACGACGGCAACGUGUCCCUCGCCAGCGAGACCCUCCCCAACCUGCCCCCGCCCUUCGCCGACGUCCCGCGCCUCAAGGCCAUGUUCGCCGCCAAGGGGCUCGACACCGUCGACAUGGUCGCCCUCUCCGGCGCGCACAGCAUCGGCCGCUCCCACUGCUCGUCCUUCUCCGACCGCCUCCCGCCCAGCAACACCUCGGACAUGGACGCCACGCUCGCCGCCAAGCUCCAGGCUGACUGCGCGUCGCCGACCGGCGCGGACAACACGGUGGCGCAGGACUACAAGACCCCCGACCAGCUGGACACCCAGUACUACAUGAACGUGAUCGGCCGCAAGGUGCUCUUCGCGUCGGACGCCGCGCUCCUCAAGUCGAACGAGACGAUUCCGCUGGUGUACGCAGCCGCCCUCUCUCCCAAGCUGUGGCAGUCCAAGUUCGGGCAGGCCAUGGUGAAGAUGGGCGGCGUCGAGGUCAAGACCUCCGCCAAUGGGGAGAUCAGGAAGAUGUGCGGCUUCGUCAACAAGCCAUACUCCGGCUGAUGGUUCGAACCUGACGUGUGAGAUGGACACAACACGACGCGCCUACGCUCCUGUUCGCUCUGCUAUUUCUCUUUUUGUUUCACUAUUUCCAUUCUCAAUUCUGCUAUUCUUUACCCUUGCCCCCCUAAUGUUGCUUCAUUGUUUUGUUGAAUUUAUAUGAUGAAAAUUUGAUUGUAUUACCAUUUGAGAUUCCAGAAAGUAAUGAA